ACGUGCUUGGAGGGUUCCUGUUUGGCGAUAAAAAAAACCGCGUUCGUCGAAGCAUAGACCUCGUGGGAAAUAGAGGGUUGCGUUCCGAAAUUGUCACCAACUCCCUUUUUGUGUCACUAAUUCUGCAUGAUUUCCGUCCUUGUUGUACUAAAGGAAGCCGAGUCGCUCUCCUUUGCUUGUGUGUGUGUACACUGUUUUAAAUUACGUCGACUGGGUCGACUCAGCCUCAAAUGAGUAUCUGGUGCGGUGUGUGAACGUCGCCACUAGGGAGACAAAGGCGGCCGUGCGUGGUGCUGGACACCCACCCCCUCGUGUGCCGUGUUCAGUUUUUUUUUAAAGGAUAUGAACAUUUAUAUUGUGAAUAAAUAUUUCCUAAUGCCGUCUCUUGUGAUUCACAGACGAAAACUGUUUUACAAUAGUAAACAACCUUUGUGUCUCACGUGACUUGCCGCUUGAAAUGUCAAUUAUUUUCACAAUACAAAAUGUGAUAUUACGUGAAUUAGUGCGGUCUGGAUGUGCACAGUAAUUAACAGUUAGCACGUAGUUUUUCUAGGCCAAUAUUCACAAUAAAAUGUGUGGGUUAGUCCACAUGAUCUAGCCAAAUCUGUCGUUAUCCAGGUUGGUAUUAGUUGGAGCGAGGAUGUCAAUGUUUGGAUUGUCAGUGAGUGUAGGAAGAAAACCGGUCAGUUUAACACGAAGGCUUUCGCGACCAAUAUCCAUAAUCGAGGUGUUUAGAUUAGAUCGCGUAAAUAUAAAUGUGUCGUUAAACCCGCCACCACCCGGCACAGCCAUUUAGUAAGGGUUGUCACGUAGACAAAACAUGCCAAUUCGUUACUAGUUCAGCACACCGGUGUGUUUGAGAGUGAAUGACACCGGCUAUGUUGGAUGUGCUAGUAGGAGGAGGUGGAGAUGCUUUGGUAUUACAUGGAGGGGGCUCAGAUUGUUGAGUGAGAGGAGGAGGAGAAACUGCGGUAUGGGUGUUGACAUUUGGAGUCGUGGGCGGACACGUGGUUUGAAUGGAUGGGGCUGAGUGGGAAAAGUCUUGCAGGCUGGUAGUGGAGGAGAUGAUAGAUAUUAGCGCAGGCAGUCUGGAGUGGGAGUAACGGUAGGAGAUGUGGUGUGGGUUUAAAGUGAGAAGGAAAUGUAAUUUUGGGGCUGGAUGGGGUAGGAGUAGCCAGGCUUUGAACGGAGAGGCUUGGAGUCUGGAUUGAGAGGAGGUUAUUGGUGUCUAUAUGUGUGGGAUAUGAAUUCAGGCGAAGGGAGACAGUGUUUGAAUGGAGGGGGAGAAUCGUAGUAGUAGGAGGAGAAAAGGCGAGGGGCAUGUUGUGUGGCGUGUGCAGGAGGAGGAGGAGGGAGGCUGGAAUGGUGGUGGCUCAGCUUGUGGUGGGUGGAAGAAGAGGAGGCUGCGUUUGAGUUAUUGUGGCUGAGAAUCUGGAGUGGGAGGAGUGAAUGAAGAAGGAGUAGGAGGGGCUGGGAGUGUGGCAUGAGCUCUCAUUGCGAGGGAGCGGCAGGGGGAGUGGUGGAUCAGGGCUAUGGGUUUGGGCUGGAAUUGAAAAACCAGGCGAUGCAAAAAAAUGCCCUCUCGCAGGACUGUGAACGUGGGAUUGCUGCUGGCGCUGUCGGCAGUGCUGCUCAUUAUCCUUCACCACAGUCUGCUCCAGAGGGCUGGCCAGGCCGAGCCAGCCAGGACCUCAGAAGGCGAGUGGGCGCAGUACGAGGGGCAGCCCGUGAACCUUGACCCAGACGUGAUCCCAGUGGUGGUGUGCGCGGUGGAGGAGCGGCUGGGAGGCACCAUCGCCACCAUCAACAGCGUGCGCAUCCACACCAACGCCCGGCUCGUCUUCUACAUCGUCACGCUGAGGCACACCAUCCCGCAUAUCACAACUUGGAUAAAGGAGUCAGUGCUGGAGAAUAUAAAUUAUUUUAUUAUUGAGUUCAACCCUGAGAUCGUGCGUGGAAAAAUCCCCGUCAUAGCUGAGAGGCCCGAGUUACUGAGCCCGCUGAAUUUUGCCAGGUUCUAUCUCGGCCAUCUCAUCCCUCAACACAAGCGAGCUGUUUACCUUGAUGAUGACAUCAUCGUGCUGGGGGACAUCAGGGAGCUCUUUGAGAGUCCCCUGCAGGAUGGGCACGCCGCCGCGUUCUCCGAUGACUGCGACGCCAUCUCCACCCACCUGCUCGCCAACCUGCAGGGCAUCGUCGUUCAGAACAUGUACAUGGCGUACCUGAACUACAACAAGGAGAGCGUGAGCAAGCUGGGCAUCCGUGGCAGCAGCUGCACGUUCAACCCGGGCGUCGUCGUGGCCAACCUCACCGAGUGGCGGCGCCAGAGGAUCUCCGAGCAGCUGGAGCAGUGGCUGACCAGGGACCAGGAGGAGCACCUGUACAGCAGCUCCGUGGCGGACGGCGUGGCCACUCCGCCGAUGCUCAUCGUCUUCCAUCGCCGGCACAGCAGCCUGCCGCCCGCUUGGCACAUCCGCUACCUCGGAUACAGCGCGGCGAUUCGCUUCUCCACGGCCGUGAUGGGGGAGGCGAAGCUGCUGCACUGGAACGGACCAUUCAAGCCGUGGGGCAGGACGUCCUCCUACACCGAGCUCUGGGAGGAGUGGUACAUCCCAGACCCCACCGGCACGUUCAGGCCGCUGAGCGCGAGCUUCAGGAACGCCUGACGCAGUGUUCUGCUGCAGGAAAUAAAAUAAAAACAUUCUGUUCUUCUCUUUAACGCCGUGUUCAAUUGAAAAUUUUAGCAAAAAAAUGUGUGUAAGCCGUUUAUACCUGACCGGAGCAUUCGCUGCUCUUGUUUUUAAAUAAAGUUUCCAGAAACGCCAA